CCCAAGUAUAUUUUCACUCGAUUAUUGACGAUCAUACUUUUCCACACCGACUUUAAUUCCUUCAUCGGUACAUAGGUCGCGUGCAAUGAUCUUUCUGUGACAUUUGCGUACAAUUGCUUGGCCUACAUCCACUUUUUUAUCUACCUUCUCUUAAUACCGUCUUUCACAUCUUCACAAUGGACCUUUCAUCCUUAGAAGGCCCGCCUAUCGCCGACACUCGGUUCACCGUCUCGCCGCGACGAGCAAAUGUCCCCAGUAUUCGUCUGGACACGUCCACCCCAGUCAGCCCGAUCAGCCCAUUAACACCUCAUGACCUCCCUCCACGACCAAGCUCGACGGACGCGAUCUUCAGUCCCGUGUCUGAAUCAGAGUACUCAUUUGCGCUAUUCCACCACCACCAUGAGCCGGAAGCCAAUCUCAAUUUCUACCAACGCUGCCACAGUCCACAGCCCCCGGUCACAGCCGACGAGCAUGAGUACCAACAACAAUCAAGGCCACAACCAACACUAAACCUACCUCCUCCCCCUCCUUCGUCCUCCUUCUCCCUUCACCCGUGGAGCUCCCGAACUCGAAGCGUUUCAGAUCUUACCCCUCACCAAUCUCCCGGCCCUCUGCUGAGCACAACCACCACGACAACAGUCACCACUCAGGCCGUGACCACCACCAUUACCACCGAAGGUAACCGUCUCGUCUGGCUCGAGCACGAGAAGCUGUGGUUCUUGAAACCUUCCACAUGCCCCUCACCACACCUAAGCCCCGACUACGCCGUGACCACCAGACCCACCCCUGAUGCUCACUAUGCGCCUUACCGCCCUUCUUCGUUUCAUGGCCAAGUUCAUCUUGCUGCUUUAGCACAGAGGCGAGAUGUACCCCCGCCAUAUGGGCGGCACAUCCUUGAUCGGCCCUUGCCUCCACUACCUACGGAUGACGACGAAGACGAAGGCUCGUGCGGAUCUCGGUGGACGGCGGUUGCGAGGAGGAGGGCUAACCGGGCUGUGUCGAGGUGAGGGUUCCCGUUUAGUGUGUUAGGAAAGAGGCGGAGUUGUAGAGACGGAUUGGAACGGAUAUUAUCAGCUGCUGGCCGGCUAUCCUAAUUUACCAUAAUCCUUGUUCUAGUUUAGUGGCGUCGCCAAUUAUCAAGCAUAGCCAGGGUGUUUUAGGGGGUGCAUGUGUAUUACUAUUAGAUUGUCUGUUUCUUGAUGCCUUUCAUCCUGUACAUUACCUCAUUCGCUCUUAUUUCUUUGUCUGCUUACUAGGUGGUUCUGCUUCGUUCGAGAUACCCAAUCUGUGAUAGAUCCUUUACUCCUUUCCCUCACUUCUCACUGCUUACCUCGUACUUACCACUUCAGUUCAUCUCAGCCCGUUCUCACACUCUCUUUAGUCACUCACCCAUUGCCAUCAUGUGAUACAAU